GGGGGGGGAGAGAAAGAGUGAGCGAGAGAGACGAGGAGGGAGCUCGCGCCGCGUUCCCUGGGAGCUCGCGCCGCAGCGAACUCGGACAGCUCACGCUGUUGUAACGCCUCCCCUUCCGAGGAAGUUAUAGCGGAUUGCAAUAGGAAAGCUUGAAGUCUCCGGCCCGUGCAAUGGCCGGUGGUUUCUCCGCUUUGGAAAGGGGCCAGCUCGCCGGGCGGAAGGUUGCAUUGCUCUCGUUGUGCGGAGAAACCCCCGCUCACCCGGACUCCUCGUAGAAAGGCGGCGUGUGCGUGUGUGUGUGCGUGUCAGAGGAAUCAACAGGGAGGUGGAGCCGGAGCUCUUGCUGCAUCCAGCAGCCAGGGAAGAGGAGGAGGGGGAGACGAAGAAGACGAGGGAAGGAAACUAGAGCAUGAAAUCCCGAGAAGGGUUGACUCGAGAGGAGGAUCCCUGCUCGUGCAAACUGCAGAGAGGCACCAAACGCGAGAAAGAGGAGGAGAUGCAACUGGUGUAAUUGAGAGAAAUUCCCCUCGGAGGCACUUUUUGGCCGAGCCAAUGACAGAACCUGCUUUUCCAGCUCGCUGAGUGGAUGGCUCCUUGUUAUUUUUUAAAUGCACCCUUGUUGUUUGUUUAAAUGCAGACACACGGGCGUGUGUGGUGAGAGGAAAGCGUGGAAAGAGGCAUUUAAACCUGUCUCCAUUUUGCACGAGGCAGGGAUUUGGGUGCAGGGGAGACUUCGACAGGAGAGCCGCGAGGGCAGGCUGGAGGGGACCCAAAGAGCAGCAGUGACGUUGCAAAGUUGAAAGGCGGCGGAGGAGAGAGAAGAAGAAGAAGAAAGAGGAGAGGCUCCUUGCUUGCUCCCCUUGGGACGGCGAGGAUGCUGCUGGCCUCGGCGGUGGUGGUGUGGGAAUGGCUGAACGAGCACGGGCGCUGGCGACCCUACAGCCCGGCCGUCAGCCACCACAUCGAGGCCGUGGUGCGCGCGGGGCCCCGGAACGGCGGCGGAAGCGUGGUCCUGGGCCAAGUGGACAGCCGCCUCGCGCCCUACAUCAUCGACCUGCAGUCCAUGCACCAGUUCCGCCAGGACACCGGCACUAUUCGCCCAGUGCGACGCAGCUAUUAUGAUCCCUCCUCAGCUCCAGGAAAGGGUGUGGUAUGGGAGUGGGAGAAUGACAAUGGCACCUGGACCCCCUAUGACAUGGAGGUGGGCAUCACCAUCCAGCAUGCCUAUGAGAAACAGCAUCCCUGGAUUGAUCUCACCUCCAUUGGCUUCUGUUACAUCAUUGACUUUGGCAACAUGGGGCAGAUCAACCGCCAGACUCAACGCAAACGCCGGGUGCGCCGCCGCCUUGACAUGGUCUACCCUCUGGUCACUGGCACCUUGCCCAAAUCCCAGUCAUGGCCAGCAAGCCCUGGUGUGGCCAGCACACCCCCUGCGCCUGCCUGCACCUGUCCACAGUGCCUCCUUGUCAUGAGCAUCAAGGCAGCAGUAUCUUCUGGGAGCAAUGGAGGGCUUGGGGCAGCAGCGAGCCAGCAGCAGUUGCAGACACAGCAGCCACAGCCACCACCACGGAAAGCCGUCUCUCUUUCUGGAAGCAGCAGACUCCCGACUCCAGCCUCAGUUCACAAGCCACAAGAUGGAACGGCCACCAUGCGUAGCUCCUUGAAAACCCUGGCAUCCCAAGUGAGCCGGAGGCAGGCAGCCAGCACACCAGCCCUUACCACAGCGAACUCUCCUGCCAGCCCUCCUGGUGCCAAUGGAAAGGUGACCCGUGCCAGCCUUAAUACACUGAACCGUACCAACCUGCAGCGCCUGGCCAUUGCACAAUCCCGUGUCCUGAUUGCCUCAGGGGUCCCUACAGUUCCUGUGAAAAAUCUCAAUGGCUCAAGCCCGGUCAAUCCAGCACUGGCAGGAAUCACAGGGAUCCUCAUGAGUGCUGCAGGGCUGCCUGUUUGCCUCACUCGGCCUCCAAAGCUGGUUCUGCAUCCCCCUCCUGUCAGCAAGAGUGAAAUCAAACCUAUCCCUGGGAUUUCCAAUACUUGCCGCAAGACCACCAAGAAGCAGACCAAGAAAGGUAAAACCCCAGAAGAAGUUUUGAAAAAAUAUCUACAGAAGGUGCGUCAUCCUCCUGACGAGGAUUGUACCAUCUGCAUGGAGCGCCUCUCUGCCCCCUCAGGCUACAAGGGACCUCAGCCAGUGAUCAAGCCGGAUCUGGUGGGCAAGCUCUCCAAGUGCGGCCACAUGUAUCAUCUCCACUGCCUUGUGGCCAUGUACAACAAUGGGAACAAGGAUGGGAGCUUGCAGUGUCCAACUUGUAAAACCAUCUAUGGUGUUAAGACUGGUACCCAACCUCCUGGAAAGAUGGAGUAUCACCUUAUUCCCCAUUCGUUGCCUGGACACCUUGACUGUAAAACCAUCCGAAUUAUCUACAACAUUCCACCAGGGAUGCAGGGACCAGAGCACCCAAAUCCUGGGAAGAGUUUUACUGCCCGUGGUUUUCCUCGACACUGUUAUCUGCCAGAGAGUGAAAGAGGUAGAAAGGUGCUGAAAUUGCUGUUAGUAGCUUGGGAUCGGCGGCUGAUCUUUGCCAUCGGGACUUCAAGUACCACCGGCGAGUCCGACACAGUGAUCUGGAAUGAGAUUCACCACAAGACAGAAUUUGGCUCCAAUCUCACUGGCCACGGCUACCCAGAUCCCAACUAUCUAGACAAUGUGCUGACUGAGCUGGCUGCUCAAGGCAUUACAGAGGAGAGUGUGGCUCAGGAAAAGGAUUGAAAGUGGGAGGAGAGGAGGGAGGCAUUGCCCUGGGGGCAGAGCUGCGGGUAGAGCAGUUUUCCAUGGGCCAGCUCCUUCCUCUUUCCACUGUGCCUGCUCUGCCCUCUCUUCCUCCUCCUCCUGCCACAGCCGCCAUCUGCCUCUUAAAAGGUCCAGGUCUGCCUCUGCAGCGGUCUGCUUGGGGGCUUGUUCAGAUGAGGAGUUGCUGGCCUGCUUCCAUGCAGCCCUCAUUGCCCUUGGCUUACCAGAGCAAACAAACCUGGGAGAGUUUUCCCCUCAUUCAUCUCGAGCAUGGGGUGGAGUGUCCUCAUGAGGCCUGAGGUUAUAUUAACCUUAAAGCAGCUUCAUAUUUGUAGCUCAGAUACCUGGCCUUGCCCCUUCUUGGGGGUUUGGUGACAUCUUUGUCUGGGGAAAUUUGAAUCCCACAUCAGAUUAUGUGAAAAGCAAGGUAUGCCUUGGGGGCAGGCAGUCCCAUAAGGAAUCUGGUGGUACCAAUCAGGAGCCAGUAAAGUGUCUCCAUUCCAAAAGCACUGAGGAUUAAAACCAGUCCUAGUCUUCGUUGUCUUCUCUCUUGCUCAGCUAGGUGCCUGCUUGAAUGUUGUCAUGUCACUGCUACUUUCAUGUCCUGGGCACCGUGUGAGUCAGAGAUGUGCUGGUCUGAUACUUCCCUCCCCAUCAGCCCCAUGCGUUCUUUGGCUGCCUCACCCAGUCCUGUCGAAGAAAGCUAAGAAGCAGUCCUGUUUCCUGCUAGGAUCUGUCCCAAUUGUAUAGGGGGAAAGAGGCUGGAAAUUUCUUCUCUUCAAUACAUUCCAAACUAGGCCAGGUAUAUGCAAGUCUCUGUUGUACAUUGUGAAACAAGCUAAAGCAGAAGUAAACAUAUUUGUUGACAGGUGGUCUUUGGACCAAACCUUAAGCAGGAGCACUCAGCCUCUUGCGUCCUUGAAUUUUGUGUAUCAGAAUUUGUGCCAGUCUGUUCCAGACCAAGUCAAAACUAUUUCUUGCUCCUGGCAGCUGGAUUUGCUGGACCCUGCUGGGCUUCCUGAUGCAAUACUGACUUGGUUAGGUUUUAAAGUCAGAUCUCGAGACCAAUACAGAGCCAUGUGUCCCAAACAUUCUCUCUCUGUUCUGUUAAUUGCAUCCUUGUUGGAUUGUUUCAUGUCUGAUCUUGUUUCUGUUAUGGAUUAGAGUGAUUGGAGUUAGGGAGAUGGUGAAGGGCGAGACAUUUUGUGGUUUUGCCCCACAUCUACCAAGGUGGGUUCUUUGAACUUAUUUGUAUGGGGAAGUCCCCUGGAUAUGGAUUUGAAUUGAUUUUACCUCAUGUUUUGGGGAUUUGUCAUAUGUAUGUAUAUAUUUAUAUAUGUGUGCGUAAUGUAUGAGGAAGACUCCAAGGUUAGGAUGUGUAACACAAUGGUACUUAAGUUAGGGCUGGAGGCUAAGUUCUACCAUUGAUGUAGUUUGCCAUGGCAGAGGUAGAAGAAGGCAACCUGGUACUCUCCAAAUGUGCUGGAUUACAAGCCAUGUUGGUGCCAGUUGACAUGAUCAACAACCAAUGAUUGUGGAAGCUGCAGUCCAGAACAGAUGGAAGGUAGCACGUAACCAACCCCUGGUACAGAAAUGAGACUAGCAGCCAUAUUGGAAAGAUUGUAGCAAGUCAGUGUCUAUCUCUCUCUUUCUUUGGUGUUUUAAUAAAUAAGACCCAGGGCCCUUCCAAACAGCCCUAUAUCCCAGAAUAUCAAGGCAGAAAAUCCCACACUAUCUGCUUUGAACUAGAUUGUCUGAGUCCACACGCAGAUAAUUUGGGAUUUUCUGCCUUGAUAUUCUGGGAUAUAGGGCUGUGUGGAAGGGCUCGCUGGCUUUCUAAAGAUCUUAACAACCCAGGUGAAAUCUCUUGUGAGCCAGAAUUGGAUGAAAGAAGGAAUGGGACGAAGGCCCUUCCACACAGCCCUUUAUCCAAGGAUAUCAAGGCAGAAAAUCCCACAUUAUCUGCGUGUCGACUCAGAUAACCCAGUUCAAAGCAGAUAUUGUGGGGGCCCUUCCACAUCUGAAUAAAAUCCCACAUGUUUUGCUUUGUACUGGGAUAUAUGGCAGUGUGGACUCGGAUAUCCCAGUUCAAAGCAGAUAUUGUGGGAUUUUCUGCUUUGAUAUUCUGGGAUAUAGGACUGUGUGGAAGGGCCCAGAGUGAAAGAAACAGAGUAAAAAGGAGCUUGUUUGUGACGGUGACUGGAUGCCUGCCCAGCUUGGUGGUGGUAGUAGUAUGUGUGUGUGUAGGAGAAGAGGAGCCCGGAGGCAUCACAAGGGUUGUUAAGUCUGCAGCACACCUUCAAAGCUACUGAGACAAAUGAUGGAGCUUCUAGGUCCGUGUCACCUCAAGGUUCUCAGCAGCACUCUCUUUAAGAAGAGCAUGUUAAUAUUACAACGUGCCAGCUUCCUUCUGAAAAUCUAAAUUGGUUUCAGAAAUCAUUCCCUCUAGGCCUUAAAUGGAGAAGCUGAAAUAAUGUCCUACUUGUCCUUUCCUAACUCUGCAGCCCCUAAGGGCACAUUCUUUAAUCUUUACCAGUGUUACUUUUUAAUGAUAGUAACAAGGAGCCAAGGGAGAGCACCAGAUCUGAAAUGCCUUGGCUUCCAUCAUACAGAGGGAUAUUCAUCCUUUUUCAUUAACUCUCAACCAGGCAUUUUUUUUCUUGUUGGGUUCACAGAGACGCGCAUCCUCCCUUUAGCAAAUUUGGUGUGAUCAAGUGGUGAUUUCAAGGAAUAGACGGUCCCAUCACAAGCAAGUUUCUCUUUCCUUUUUUGAGAUGUUGUCAUCGUUUCCCUCUAGAGUAGCCAUGGCAUCCUCUCAGUGGGGACGUAGCCUCCAGGAUAGGAGAGGGUUCUUGAAGGGUGACCUUCUAGCCCAGGCAUAGGCAAUCUUGGGCCCUCCAGGUGUUUUGGACUUAAGCGGCUGAGGGGGAAAAGGAAGGGGCCUGAGUCUGUUAGGAAUUGUGGGAGUCGAAGUCCAAAACACCUGGAGGGCCCAAGAUUGCCCAUGCGUGGGCUAGCCACUCUCAUCUCCCAGCUGAAGGGAGUCAACUUGGCUUUUAUUUCGCUUUCUUUUGGCUGAUUCAUUUCUUCUUUAAGUCUCCAGCUCUUAAUAAUUUUGUACUUCAUUGAGAAUGAUCAAUCAGCCUGAUGUGGCACUGUCACGGGGAAUGAUGGGACGGGUCCUUUCCCCCCCUUCUUGUCCUUGUCAUGUCCCAGAGCAGGUUGCGUGGGUGUUGAUAGUGGUAUUGUGGGUGGGCUGGGAGGGGGCUGCAGGGGAGCCAUGCUGUAUAUUGUUUGUUUGUUGUUUGUGAACGGUGCGUUUUGCCCGUCUCUAGUUCGUUGCAUUGUUUGAGGAUGGCACCCUUGAGGGUGUAACAAUAAAAGGAAAACUCCACUGCCAGCUUGGAGAA